CCGUUUCGCUCGUGGGCUGCUAAAUCGGGUAUAUAGAAAAAAGAAAACAAGAGGCCGUGUCCGUGGGUGGCGUGAAGCGGCGGCGGAAGGGAGGGGAUCGACCAAGAACCCUAACCCGAUUACAACAAGAUCUAAUAUAAAAUACCGGUAAUAAUUCACCGUUCGGCGAGCGAGGAUCCGAAGAAAUCAAGCGAACCAAUCCAUGGCCACGGCGAUUCGACACGCGGCGAGGAUUCUCCAGCGAUCGCAGGCGGCCGAGCGCCGGCUGUUCCAGACAAAGUUGCCGAGGCGCCUAACGGGCGAUGAGAAAAAGGUUGCUGCCGCUCAGUUGGCUGAGAUUCAAGUCAAGAAAGAGGAGCUCUACGAUAAGAUUGCUGGGUGGGAGGCAAGGUACACUCUCCAUGGCAGCUCAGGCCUGAAAAAUGUCCAGCUGCUCAGGCAUCUUUCUGUACAAGUUGAACCUAGACACAGCGACCCCCGCUGGCGCUCGUAUCGGCGAUGGGCGUACAUUCAUGACUGCUUGAAAGUUGCGGGGUGCCUUUUUAUUGGCAAAACGGCUGGAGAUUCCUUGAUUUCUUUGUACCAAGAGAAGCAUCAAGGAAAAUAAGAUGGCCGUGGAGGGAUCAACCAGCUUGCUUUGCUGUCAACAAGUGAAUCAAUCUCUGCCUCUUACCAAGAACCAAACUAGCUAGCUUCUAAUCAUACUACUGUAUAUCAUAAGAAGAAUGUUUAAAUGUGAGGAAUCUAUUUUCUAUGUACUGUUCAAGAAGUUUAAAUGUGCGACUAUUAUCUAUUGUUGAUCAGUCUGUCUUUACUUUGUUCAGAAUAGUAGUGUUUGGAUUGUCGAUUUUGCUGUGAUC